UAGAUUCAAUCUAUAAGAUAUAUGUGUAAACAUAUAUAGAUAUACAUAUAUAUAAUGAUGUUUGAUCCAGAAAUAUUUGGUAUUUCUCAUAGUGGUCCUUAUCUUAAAAUUGAGAGACAACCAAGAAAGUAUGGUUAUCGAUUUCGCUAUAAAACAGAAGGUGUUUGUCAUGGUGGAAUUCUUGCAGAUACAGAUGGUGCUGUUAAUUGUGGGAGUAGUAAAAGCUGCCCUAAAAUUAAGGUUCAUAACUUAAAUGGGCAACGAGCAAAAGUGGUGUUGCGGUUAGCAGCAGAACAUGAUAAUGAGACCAUGCACAUCCAUUCCCUUGUUUACAACAAAACAGUCACUAAUGGUGUCCAUCUUUUAACUUUAAAUGAAGUUGAUGAAGUUGAACUAGAGCAUGUAGCUGUUCAACAAGAAAAAACAAAAGAAACAAAAAAUUUUUUGUUUAAAGAAAGAGUGCUUCAGUCAGAGUAUCUUAAAAAGUAUAAUAGUAUAAAUCCUCCUAUUGAUGUUGAAACGUUUGUGAAGCGACUUGAAGACCGGGAAGACAAAAAACUUAUUAAUAGACUAACUGGUGUCGAAUGCAACAACAAAGAUUUACAGUCUGAAGCAUCUUCAUUAAUGAAAGAUUUAAAUGUUCACUCUGUUGUCCUUGCUUUCCACUGUUUUCUUGAAGACAGCAAUGGUAGAUACACAAUUAACUUGCCUACUGUCUAUUCUGUGCCAAUUUAUGAUGGGAAAAACAAAAAAGGUUGUGAAUAUAAAAUACUACGAUUGAGCUCAGUUAGUGGAACACCCAAAGGAGGAGAGGAAGUUUGGAUGUUAUGUGACAAAUUUGACAAUACGCCAGUUGUACCAUGGAGUGCUCUUGCUAUUGUUAAUAAAAGUGAUGUUUACAAUCAGAACUUAAUUAUUUUUCGAACGCCACCUUAUAAACAUAAAGUUCUGGAUCAACCUGUAAAAGUGAAAAUAGAAUUGCGAGCUGCUUCCGAUCACAUGCGUUGCAGUAAACACUUUGAUUACACUUAUAAUAAUUCAAGCGACGAUGGGUAUGAGGUUGGUAAAAAAAGAAAGAAAACGACUCCGGCGAUUCCUGAUUUUGACGUAGCACAAUUGAAAUAUUUUUCUCCGCAAGAACAGUUAAAUCAAUUAUUCUCAGAUGAACAAAAUUUAAUUCAAUCUCACGUUGCCUACAAUAAUUUUCCGCAACCCGGCUUACCUGUUGUAGACGAUACGUUUAAUAUACAUAUGAUAAACGGAUUUUCGACAGAUUUCAAUUCCACUCAUUCAUAUUUUCCAGACGACAUGCUUUGUGUAAUCAACCAAGUCGCUAAUAUAAAUACUUCUGAGUUGUGUAAUGAAAAAGAGAUUAAUGUAGAUGAGGUUAAACUAGAUGAGAUUAAAGUAUAUGAUAAAGAAGAAGAUGAUAACAAUUUAACAUUUCCCCUGACAUGAUAAAAUAAGGCUUUUUUAUUUUUUAUAGUCAUAUUUAAAAAGUAAAUAGUUGGCUUUCAAAUAUUAAAAAAUAACGUAGUUUAAUCUUGCAUCUGCGUUCAUAAAAAUAUUACUAUUAAAAAUAAAAAGAAUAAUCAAUAGUGUAUGAAUACCUAUUUCGUCUUUUUGUACAUAUUUUCUUUUAUUAACUUUUAUUUUAAGUUUUAUUUUCGAUCACCUUUUUCUUAAUAAAACUUUAUAUGGCUUUUGAAACAUUUUUAUAUGGGUUGGUUGUCCAAACAUCAACUGAAACCCUCAAUAACUAUUUUUUUGUAGAGCAGCAACUUUUGAAAAAAGACCUGUACAUUUGGAAGGUCUUGCGCGCAGAUUUUGUGUUACAAAUCUAGCCUAGAGAUUGAAAUGCCAUUUUUAAAAUUACUAUUUUUUUUUUUUACUAUUUUAAAGUGAUUAUAUGUUCAAACUUAUUUAUGCCACGUGUGCGAACGUGUCAAUUGUAAAAUGUUCAUACACAUUGCAUAAUUCAAAAUUACUUUUUAAGUUAUAUAUAUUUUAUGUUUAUAUCUUAGUACUAAAAUUACUGGAAUAUUUAGGAAAAAUUAUAGUAUCGGUCUUGAAA